AUGCUCAAUGUCGUCACCGUCGAUGGCACAGAGUUGAACGAUAAUGUCGACUGCAUCAGCCCCAUCAGCGGCAGCAACAACAACCGGCUGAUAGACAUUCUUCGUCCUAUCUUGAGGUGUGAGGACCUGUCACGCUUCUGCUACGCCGUCUACGCUUACCUGCGACUCCCGGCCGAGCACUGGCGUGCAGUGCAGAAGCUGCGAGAGUCGCAAACGACGUACAACAUCAUGCGCUAUCAUUGGAAUCUCUGGGACAUUGUGCCGGAUACUUUGUGGCACUCGGUCGUCCAGGUCCGCGAGGACGCGUACUUUGAACGCGUGCAAACCGACUUAGUCAGGGUAUUUGACUCUCACAUCUCGUUCCUGAUGCCCAUCAGGGAGAUGCAUUCGCGUUCGCAAUCACUCACCUCCUCGAACGGCGGCCUCAUCCCCACCUUUGGAUUCGGAGAUCAAGUCCUUUUGCAGAAUUGUCGUCAAUCGUGCCAUGGAAGCGGUGUUCAUCGACCCGCAUUCGCGGCCGAACUCUCCCCCCAGACGCAGACUUCGACUCAUUCGAUGACACCAUCCAUCGUUGACAGGAGCAGCCCAAGUCAUUCGCUCAGUCCAUGGACACACAAGAAGGGCAAAGCGCCGCCGGGCCAAGUCUAUGUCUGUCCCGUAGCCGGCUGCGCCAAGAAGGGAUUCCGGAACGUAGGCAAUUACAUCAACCACAUGCUCAAGCAUCACAGAGAUCACCCUCGCCAUGACCCAGAGACAUCUCUGCAGGACUCGGUGACCGAGGCGACCGAGGCCGUUGACAGUGUCGACGACCUGAUCCUCCAGACUCAUGACUUGAGCGCCUCGAGGGAAAUGACAUGGACCAAAGAGCAAGACGACGGGUAUCAACCAGUGAACCGCGAACCUAGCUCAAGCGGGUGUUACGGUAGCAGCGGGACCGAAAACCACGAGAGCGCUUCUUCAUUCUCCUGCGACGACAUGUCAGGCAAUGAUCCGUGGCGGACAAAAUCCGAGUCGUUGAGCGCGCAGGGUUUCGAGGUCGAAAUGGAGAUGGAGAAGGGAAAAGGAAAAGAUUUCUCGCACACAAAUGGUGGGAGCUGGAGCGAAAGCUGGACUUUCGGUAUGUUUCAGGCAUCUCUUCUUGGAGGGAAAUGA